AUGAUGACGAACAAUGAACAGGUCAUUGAGGAGGAAGAAGAGGAGGAAGAGGAGGAAAACGACGAAGAAGACGAGCUUGAUGUAGAUGAUGAGGAGGUGGAUCACGAAGCAAAUUGUCACAUCAAUACAAGUGGUGGUAAAUAUGAGAUAAGUGGUAAAAGAGAGCUUGUAUCAUACGGAAAUGGGAGCAAGGCAGGUAUCAAUAAAAUAUCCGCAUCACUGCCUCCAAAUGACGAAACUACAAGGACUCUGACUACCACAGACCAACUCAGACAGGCUUCAGAAGCGUAUCUCUCUGGGCCGGUCUCACCUAUCUCCAGCUCGAAUGCACAAUCUUGCCAGUUUGAUGGUUCCAACUUGUUUAAAACCCUUAAGGAGGAAGCUGGCGGUGCAGAACCUCGAACGACAGAUCUUGAAUGCCAACAUUCAUGUCGCCAGCCUCUAGAUGAUAUGCAAGAAAGACAGAAACGGACUAAGAUGAAAGUUAAACCCGCCGGUAAGAUGGAGAGUGAACAAGAGUGCAGGGAUCCGUGUAAAGAUAAGACCAAAAGAAGAAAAGAAGAUGAGCAACAAGAGGAACAAGAAGAAGAAGAAGCUAAAGAUGCCUCCGGAGACAUGCCGUUCCAGUUGGCUCCUGCGCCUAAGAGGAGAGGACGGCGAAAAUUUUUGCGACUGGGAGUUCAAAUGAGGCAGCAAGCGCCCAGUGAAUGCAUCAUAGGCCCCCAUUUGAUGCCUGGCGACAUGCUUCUACACCAUACGCCUCCCACCGCUGAGGCUAACGACGUCGACAAUGGCGCCAAAAUUGGUGGAAGUGAAUCGGAGAACCAGUCCAAUCUGUGCCCUCAGGAAGCAGAGGAGAAGAGUGGUAAAACAAUGUCACUUCAGGUGAGCUGA